GAUGGACGAGGGCCUCUUCUCAACUUCGCUUCCGAUGAGCUGGGACGGCGUAAUGUACCUCAUGAUGCCUAUACUAUUCACAUUACUCGACCGUGGGCGCUGGUCGGUGUUUCGUCGGAGCGUUGCAAUUACAGGAAUCUUGCUCUCCACCAUCGCAUUCCUGCUAUCCUCAUUCAGUACCCAACUCUGGCAUCUGAUUAUCCUACAAGGAGUUCUUGCGGCACUAGGUAACACGAUGCUAUAUUCGCCCACGACAUUGUACCUCGACGAACACUUCAAGGCUGGACGAGCGACAGCGUAUGGAGCUAUUCUCAGCAGCAAGAAUAUCGUCGGAACAGCAUGCCCGCUACUCUUCUCUACUCUACUGAACAGAGUCGGCUUCCGCUGGAGUCUUCGGAUUUGGUCCUUGAUCGUGCUCACAACUGGUAUCAUCGGGAUCGGCGUCAUGCCCAGACAAAGCUCUACUUCAGCAGUCCGUCGAUCGCCCCAGAAAGUGCCCUGGAGCUUCCUCAAGCACAAGACCUUCUACAUCUACAGCAUCGCCAAUGUAACUUUCAGUGCAGGCUACGGCACCCCGCAGACUUACCUCUCAUCUUAUGCACGAGACACAUUGCAUUUGAGCCGCAUCUCAUCAGCUCUUAUGAUAACACUCUUCAACAUCCCAGGCAUAAUUUCCUGCGUUGGCUUCGGGCUUCUGAGCGAUAGAGCCGGAAUCUCGGCUACUGUGAAUACCCUCAUAUCCGCUGCCGGCACAUCUCUGACCGCACUACUUCUUUGGGGCCUAGCAUCGAAUCGAAUUGAAGCGGUCCUCGUCCUCUUCGCCUUAUGCUGUGGCUUCUUUGCUGGUGGCUACUCAAGUACAUGGGGAGGCUGGAUCAAGGAAUUUGAGAAAGAAGCUGCAGAGCACAACGAGGCUCUGAAUACUGGCAUGCUCUAUGGAAUGCUCAAUGGAGCUCGCGGCGUUGGCUACGUCGUCAGUGGACUUGCAGAUGUUGAGCUGCUCAGAGCUGGGCCUGUGCAGGAUUCUAGACGUUGGGGCUACGGGACCGAGUAUGGAUCGUUGAUCGUAUUCACAGGGCUGAGCGCUAUUGUGGGAGGAUGGAGUGUUGUGUUCCGGGGGUGGAGUAAGGCAAAGCGGUGCUGGAUGACAUUGCACUGAACAUAGCAAGGCCAACGACAUAGUGUACCCCGGACGCCAACGAUCUAGUGAGUGCGCUGGAAAAGGGAAGCAUGCAUACGCGAGGAAAUCAAGCAGUACCGUCUGCAAAGGGAAGUGAGCCCAUGCUGCAAAUGAGAUUUCAAUUUCAUUCGCGCUAGUGUAUGUACAGCCGUAGUGCAUGUACAGCCGUAGUGUAUGUAGAGCUUCGUGCUCUGGAAUGCCAAGGCUUUCAGCUGAUGC